GGUCCCGGCGGGGGCUGCCCAGGGCCCAGGCUUCAGCGCUGCAGCAUGGACCCCCCGGAGCCGCCGGCCCCCGCUCCAGAAGAAAACGGAGUGAAAUGCGACACGAACAACAACGAGGAGGAGGGAGAGCUGUUUGAUUUUGACAGUGGAGAUGAGCUUCCAGCAGCAGAUGUAGGGGCCCCGGGCACCCCCUCGGCCAGUCCCGUGGGAGCCGACGCGGCCUCCGUCAGCUCUGGAGAAGACGGGACAGCAGCAGACAUGGGGGUGCCGGUGGAACCCACUAAACUCGGGGUCCCAGCUAGAGUCAACCCCUACUCCGUCAUCGACAUCACGCCCUUCCAGGAAGACCAGCCUCCGCCCCCCGACCCUGAGGCCGAGGAGGAGAGUGUGAGCCCGCACGUGCCCAGUGGGUACUCGGUGCCCGUGCCCUGCGGCUACGCUGUGCCCUCCAACCUGCCCGCACUCCUGCCCGCCUACUCCAGCCCCGUCAUCAUGCGCACGGUGUCCCUGGACGACGAAGAAACCCUGGAUGCCGCAGAAGACGGCCGGUGCGCUUCUCUGAGUUCUGAGGACCCAGCAAACAGUGAGGAUCGGGUCCACGCUGAAGACAGUGCCCUCGCCCGCUGGGUGGCAGAUCCCGCCAACACCGCCUGGAUGGACAACCCAGAGGAGGCCAUAUACGACGACGUGCCCAGAGAGAACUCGGACUCGGAGCCAGACGAGAUGAUUUACGACGACGUCGAGAACGGGGAUGAGGGUGGAAACAGCUCCGUGGACGGCGGCUGGAGUUCCAGCGAGUUCGAGAGCUACGAGGAGCAGAGCGACACCGAGGGCAGGAACGGGGUUCCCAGGUCCUUCCUGCGCAGCAGCCACCGGAAGCAGCUGUCCCGCGACCUGACCCGGUUAAAGGCGCACUAUGAGAGAAAGAUGAGGGAGCUGGUGGCCAGCACGGUGGGCGCAGUAGAAAUUCAGCAGCUAAAGGAGAAGCAGGAGCUGAAGAUGCAGAAGCUCGUGAAGGCCGCGAAGGAGGGCACCCGGGACGGGCUGGAGAGGACCAGGGCCGCCGUGAAGAGGGGCCGCUCCUUCAUCCGGACCAAGUCCUUCAUUCCUCAAGAUCCCAGACCGGGUCUGGAGGAAGAGCAGAGCUUGUUCAUCGACGUGGACUGCAGGCACCCGGACGCCGUCCUGACCCCAAUGCCCGAAGGUCUGUCUCAGCAGCAGGUUGUGAGGAGGUGCAUCCUGGGUCUGAUUGUCGACAGCGAGAAGAACUACGUGGACGCCCUCACGAGGAUCCUGGAGCAGUACGAGCGGCCGCUGUCCGAGAUGGAGCCGCGGGUCCUGAGCGACAGGAAGCUGAAGGUGGUGUUCAGUCGCCUCCGGCAGGUGCUGCAGGGCCACCGCCUGUUCCAGAUCGCGCUGGCCAGCCGCGUGGCCGAGUGGGACUCCGUGGAGAUGAUCGGCGACGUCUUCGUGGCCUCCUUCUCCAAGUCCAUGGUGCUGGACGCCUACAGCGAGUACGUGAACAACUUCGGCGCGGCCGUGGCCGUCCUCCGUAAGGCCUGCUCAGCGAAGCCCGCGCUCCUGGAGUUUCUGAAGCAGAGCCAGGAGUCCAGCCCCGACCGCGUCCCGCUCUUCAGCCUCAUGAUGAAGCCCGUGCAGAGGUUCCCGCAGUUCAUCCUGUUGCUCCAGGACAUGUUGAAGAACACGCCCCGCGGACACCCGGACAGGCUGCCUCUCCAGAUGGCGCUGACGGAGCUCGAGACGCUAGCGGAGAAAUUAAACGAGAGGAAGAGAGACACUGACCAGCGCUGUGAAAUCAAGCAGAUCGCAAAGGCCAUAAACGAGCGAUACCUGAACAAGCUUCUCAGCAGCGGAAACCGGUACCUCGUCCGAUCCGACGACAUGAUCGAAACCGUCUACAACGACCGCGGAGAAGUCGUCAAGACCAAAGAGCGCCGCCUGCUGAUGCUGAACGACGUGCUGAUGUGCGUCACGGUCAGCGCCCGGAACUCCCAGGACAGCCACACGCUUCUGUCGGCCGGCCAGAGGCACCUGUUGAAGUGGAGUGUGCCCCUGGGGCAGGUGGCGGUGGUGGAGUACGGGGACACCGAGGGUGCAGCCGAGCACCCGCCCGAGAGCCUGGCGGUGGUGGCCGGCACGAAGCCACACAGAGUCUACGUGGGGCCCGGGCAGCUGUACCAGGACCUGCAGGACCUACUGCACGACCUCAACGUGGUCGGUCAGAUCACGCAGCUCAUCGGGGACCUGAAGGGACACUACCAGAACCUGAACCAGGCCGUGGCCCACGACUGGACGGCAGGGCUGCAGAGACUGGUGCUGAAGAAGGAGGAGGAGAUCCGAGCGGCCGACUGCUGCCGGCUGCAGCUGCAGCUCCCGGGCAAGCAGGACAAGUCCGGGCGGCCCACCUUCUUCUCGGCCGUGUUCAGCACCUUUGCGCCUGUCCUGAAGGAGUCGUGGCUCAGCAGCCUGCAGCUGGCCCAGCUGGCCCUGGAGGAGGACAACCACAUGGGCUGGUUCUGUAUGGAAGACGACGGGAACCAGAUAAAAAAGGAGAGACACCCCCUCCUCGUGGGACGCAUGCCAGUGACGGUGGCCAAGCAGCAGGAGUUCAAGAUCGAAUGUGCGGUUUACAACCCGGAGCCCUGCCAGGGUCGUGGGGGCCAGCCGGACCCGACAGCCGCGGCCCAGGGCUUCCUGUGGAUCGGGAGCUGCGCCAGCCAGAUGGGUCAGAUUGCCAUCAUCUCGCUCCACAACUCCAACCCCAAAGUCACCGAGUGCUUCAACGUGGAGUCGCGCAUCCUCUGCAUGGUGCACACGCCCGCGGAGUGGAGCCCGGAGCCCCGCCCCGCCACGGAGCCCGGGGCCGCGGCCGGGGGCGCACUGGGCGUCCCCACCGUCUGCCUGGGGACCGAGGAAGGAAGCAUCUCCGUCUACAAGAGCAGCCCGGGCGCCAAGAAGGUGCGGCUGCAGCAGUUCUUCGCCCCCAGCAAGGCCGCGGUCCUGAGCUUGGCCUGCACGCCGCGCAGCCUCUACGCGGGCCUGGUGGACGGGGCCGUGGCUGUGUACACCAAGGCGCAAGACGGAACCUGGGACCCCGAGCCUCAGGAGGUGAUGAAACUGGGUGUGCUGCCCGUCAGGAGCCUGCUGGUGGCCGAGGACACUCUGUGGGCAGCUUCCGGGGGUCAAGUUUUCAUCAUCAGCGUGGAGACCUACGCCGUGGAGAGCCAGCUGGAGGCCCACCAGGAGGAGGGCAUGGUGGUGUCCCACAUGGCCGUUGCCGGCGUUGGCAUUUGGAUCGCCUUCACCUCUGGGUCCACUCUGCGCCUGUUUCACACAGAGACCCUCAAACAUCUCCAGGACAUCAACAUAGCCACCCCUGUUCACCACAUGCUACCAGGGCCCCAGCGGCUGUCCGUGACCAGCCUGCUGGUCUGCCAGGGCUUGCUGAUGGUCGGCACCAGCCUGGGACUCGUGGUGGCCCUGCCGGUCCCUCGUCUGCAGGGCAUCCCCAAAGUGACAGGAAGGGGCAUGGUCUCCUACCACGCGCACAGCGGGCCCGUCAAGUUCCUGGUCAUGGCCGCUGCUGCCCCCAAGGCAGACAAGGACAAGCCCAGGGACAGCCCGCCCCCAGGCGCGGACCCCCAGGAUGAAGACCGGAAGGAUGCAGCCCCCAGCGAGGGGGCUGGGCCCUGCCUGAGUCAGGGCAGCCCCGACACCGUGUGGCUGGGGGGUUCGCUGGGCUCCGUGACGCACAGGAGUGAGCUGUGUUCCUCGUCCGGGUCCCUGGAGCCCAGGUCUGAGGACAGCAUCAUCUAUGACCUCCUGCGGCACCCGGGCACCAUGCCGGGUCCAGGGCGGCGAGCCAGGAGGGCGAGGGUCAGCUCGGUGCUGGUGGUGUGUGGAGGCCAGGGCCACCGGCGGGUGGGCAGGCGGCCGCGGCAGCCGCGGCCAGAGGAGCUGGCCUCCUCCAUCAUGGUCUGGCAGAUCCCGCUGCUGCACGUGUGACGGAGGGUGACGGCCAUGUCCACACUGGCCGGGGACAACCUAAAACCCUCUUGGGGAAGAAAUGUGCAAUAUCGCGAUGGUGGCUGGCGUUCGGUGCCUGGGCGUCCUUCUCUGCAUGUGGAGACCUGACCAACCCGUGUGGAGGAGGCAGAUCCGAGGGCGCCCCGUGUGGUCGGAGGUCCUGGGAUCCCCGUGCUUGACCACCGCUGUCCCCGCCAGGGCGCCGUGCCCUGGGCCGUCUUCCCGGCCUGCUACUUGGGAGUUUGCAAGCUAAGAACUUACCAUAACCUAUAGCCUCUUCAGUGGUGCAGGAGUUUAUUAACAAUUCUUAACCUAAUGUUCUUGAUUCAGAGUCUCUACUUUUAUUUAUGUUGUACACCUGUUCAUUCCAGAGUAGGGUUUGACAGUGAAGGAAGCCCGUGCACGCGGACCAGUCCAGGUGUCACGCGCUCUCCGACAUGAGCUUUUCCAAAGUGGUGUGACGGGCGUAUUGUACAUUUUAACAAAGUAGUAUUUUUAUAUUGCAUUUUUUUCUAUUAAAAACGAACAGCUAAUGUUUCAGUGAAUAUACGA